UAAAAACAAAAUAUUCAGGAAAAAAAAUAAGUAUAUGUUUUUGUAAUGAGCUGCUAUGGCGGCUGCACAAUAGGGAAAAAGCCGAAAGAAAAACAGAAGUAAUGUCAAAUAUGAUACAGUACUGUCAUAUAUUUAUAUAUAAGACAUUUAAUGGUUGUUUUUAAAGGGCACACGGCGUUCAGAACAUUUAUUGAUAUUUAGAGACGAUAUUUUAAAUUUCUUACUUUUAAAGGGUCACGUGAGUUUGGGGUCUUGCACUGACUGCCAGAUAUUGCAGAUGUCCCUUUAUUCCUACGUUUUGUAUUUUGCAUGACAUUGAAAGGCCUGAUCUCUUUAAACGAGCAUUUUUACUAAUAAAAAAGGCCUGCGUUUAUUCGCUUAGUUAGUUGGCUUUUUACAAUCAUUUUCAUGAAAUAUAUUCAUCAUUUUUAUCCGUAAACUGAUUCUCAUCUGGCAACAGUACUCUCCAUUUUAUCCAACAUGGCGGCUUCGGAUUGCAUCCUCCGUAGAAUCCUGAACCGGUCCCGACACGGCUCUGAAAAGAGGUCAGAGGUCGUCUGCAGGGAGACGCUGUAUGUCCUGGAUGUGUCCCGCUACACACGAGACCUGGGAGCAUCCGUCUACUUCCCCAACGCCGUCCUGACAGCGGCCGACUUGUAUGACAUCACACUCAGCGACCUGGACUGCCGCCUGCGCGUCACUCUGGAUCCCACUUUGAACCGGCUGGUGGAGAGGAACGUGCUGCGGUGUGGGGCGGCCUUACAAACCACAGCCUUGGCGCCGGGUGUCACGUGCACCAGCUUUAUUCUGGUGCGUGUGGACGUGAAAGAUGAAGAGGCGGACGUCAGGGUGUCGGACUACGACUCGCUGCGGUGGACCGCGUCCUCCGAAGUGUCAGGUCCUCUGAGGGCUAAUCGGACGCUUUUCCUGCCUCUGUGGAACAACGUGGACUACAGCGGCGCCGCCUGGCGAAAGACUCCUCACCCCGUGGAAGAGGAGGAGGAAGACGAAGAGGAGGAGGUGAAAGAUCACCAUCCUAGCGUGACCGUGAAGGACCUACGUGAUGGGUACUUGUCCAAGUGCCUGGGCGGCAUGCGCAGUGCCAUACGGCGUCAGCUGAUCGUACGCAUCAUGACCAAGUCUCAGCUGCUGUACUACGGCAAACAAGACAGCAAUUGCAGGUGUCCUUACAGGGCGCUCCUGGAGGUGUGUGAUCACACAGGAAGUGUAUCUGUUGUAUUGUGGAACAGCAUGUGUGUCACAUGGUACCGCCCUCUGAAGCCCGGCGACAUCAUCAGCCUGAGCUCCUUCCGCAUUAAACAGCUGUACCAGUCUGAGUGCAACGACAUCGAGAUCAGCGUAAACAGCCAAAAUCCCGCCGCUCGCAUUGCUGUCCUCUCAGAAUCGUCUGUGGUGGCCAAAUGCCGGCCGCCAGCACCCACGUACAGCUUCUACAGCAGGUACCGCCGCCCCUUGUCCACCUCCAGUGGAUGUGCCCACAGCAACCACGACCACCGCCGCUAUUGUCUUCUCUUUUUCAGCAAGGAGCUGACGCAACGUCCUCACAAAUCCCUGUGUGAUGUCAUCGGCCUGCUCACUUUUACGGGACGUGCCGAGCGAAUCAGGAGAAAAGAUACUCUGGACGCCGGAGGAGGGACGGAGUUGUUGGAGUAUCGCUGGUUGCGACUGGAGGACGGAACGAGCACUCGGCCCAUCUGGGUUAAGCUCUUCUCCACCUCUCAGCCUGAAACUCAUUGCAAGCUCUGCCCAUUAUUGGUGGUGGUGUGCACUCACUUGACGGUGGUGCAGAAAGCCGGCGGUGUCUUCUACCUGACCACCACGAUGAACACGCAGCUCUACUGCACAGGUCAGGGCUACCACUCAGAGAUGAGUUAUCGCAAGACGCGGGCGGUGCGCGUGUUCCUCAAGUGGCUGAAGCAUCACGACGAAGCACGUGUGCAGCAAUCAGCUCUGAUUGGAGGAUUUUUCACGUACCCGCCCCCUCCCACCUCCUUGGAAGUGUAUAUGAAAGAUAGCUCAGGUGAGCCAGGUUUCCUUAAAGGGGCGGAGCUUCUAAGGGAGAUGACACAACUUUGUUAUAGGGAGCGACGUACCUUCUGUGUCCAGGCGGCUGUUACCAUGGUGACAUACUGUCGCAGAGGAGAGGAAGAACACUGCAUCUUUUGGACUGACACUUCUUCAAGCAUUCCCCCCUCAUCCUCGCCACCCACCUCAUCGUCCCGCCCACUGCUGUCCCCCAGUGCCAGUAGGCCGUUUAAGAGGAAGUUGCUGUUGCACUCGGACUCUCCAAAAAAGGGACCGCCUCAAGCCACCUUACAAGCGGAGCCCAGCAACAAAACAGUGGUUCUCUUUGAAGCAUCCAUGGAGUUUCUCCAAAAGACCAGUGACGACGAUGACGAGGACGACGACGACGAUGAGUCCUCUUUUGUCAGUUGCCCCUCCUGCCCGGAUUUCCCGCACAUCGCUGUAGAGUCGCUGACAAUGCGCUACAACCCCGCCCACAAGGACCAGCAGGCGGAUGCCGUCGCCAUGGGAGGACGCCCGACCACCAGCGGUGUCACCUUUGACUCACAGGAUUACUACACCUUCACGCUCAGAGUUCUGUCAGACGGCGUCGUCGUCUCCGCCAUCUUUCUUCCUCAGUCACAGUCUUCCCGCCUCCUGCCGGCUUCCCUCCCCCAUGCCAACACCUGGACCUCCAUUUUGUCCCAUGGAGCCUUUUCUUCACAUACACACCCACCCUCGCCAGGUGACCUCAUUGCCAUGGCGCCGCUGCUAGCCAAACAGAGGAUGGUGUGCUUAUUGGAGGCGUGUCAUCUGGGGGGGGACUCCAACGAGGUCAUCCUCACUCGAGCGUUCCCGCUGAGCAAAUGACGUGAGAACAAACCCCGUUGGUAGUUUGGAGUGUUGGAACACAGUAUCUGUGCGAAUGUUGAAGUACGACAAUCCCGUCUUUAUUGCGGUUAAUUGGUUCCAGACCAUUCCUUAUUUAAAAACGGAAUAUGUAUGCUUCAUUUAGGUUAAGAAUUUGUUGUAAUUUAUUAUGUUGAAAAAAACCAUGAUAGUGUUGAGGGACGACUGUGUGUGUGUGUGUGUGUGUGUGUGUGUGUGUGUGCUAGGCAUAAGACGUCUUUUAGCACCAUGGUUUGAAUGUUCAGUUUUUCGACUGGAAAGUUGUAAAAGGUUGUUGUGACACUCAAUGAGUGUGUUGUAAUGAUGUUGUGUUUGUUGUGCAGUUGUGCACAAAGACAAAAAAAGCAAUAAAAUGCAUUGUUUAUCUUUUUAUUGUCUGCGUUUGGUCAGGCUGCGGGUGCACUCAAGCGGGUGGACAUACGGGUGGAUGAAGUGGCGUGGUCCGGUGCAUGGGUCGGUGGGUGAAGGCGUGGUAAAGUGACCAGGUUAUGGGGUAUCCAGGGGUUAUGAGUGAAAGGGGUGUGGCCAGGUGUGGUUUAAGAGGGCGGGGGUUGGGUCAGUCGAAGAGGCGUGGUCAAGUGCUGUGUCGCUGACAGAUGAAGUUCAGCUUACUGGAGCAGUGUAGGUCAUUGAGGCGGCCGUCGUUAUGUACAUGAGCGCAGUCCUCGUCUCCGGGUCCGAGGCCAUGAUGGGUCCAGCUGUCAGGCUGACCGGGUCGCCAGUGCCUGCGAUUCAUGACGUAAGGUGUAUGAUUGACCCACUCCCACUUCCCCGUCCUCUCAUCGCUCAGUCCAAUCCAGUGGAAAAGGCCCGACAUGCGUUGGUGGAUAAAGUCCUGAGCAAAGGAACAUGAGCUUGUUAGUGCCGCCGCCUAGGGUUUUUGUCUUGGUCCCGAGUGACCCACUUACCCACUCAGAGUCAGACAGCAAAAUGGCCAAGUGCGACUCAUGCCCGUUGCACCAGUCUCUUGCGUCAUGCCAUGUCAGGAGGUUGCGGCUGAAGAAGUAACAGCUGGAAUGGGAGCUCUGCCAGCCAACAGGACAGCAGCCAUCCUUCGUGGAACCUGACGUUCCUCACACAGAACCCGUCAAGAAGAGCCACAACGCUACAUUUGUGUGUGUGUGUGUACCAUUGUUGAUGAUGCGUUCCAUGGAGCAUUUGAGUGACGCUACCGUCCUGCUGAUGGUGUCUAGAGCGGAAAGCUGCUUCAGAGCCUCCGAGGCUGAAAAAAACACACCCUCACUGAUGUCAUAUGACUUGGCUCACAGUGUCAUGUGACUGGUCUCACCUGAGCUGAUUUCUUCUUUGUUGUUCUCUAUGGCAAAUUUCAGCCGCUCCACGUCUUUGGCGCCGUCUGAAACGAUAACGAGGCCACAUGCUAUCGAACAACACAAGAAGGCAACAGAACAGACGUUCUUUACCUUUGGCGAGCUGCUGGAUGCUCUGCAGUGAUUGGCUGACGUUGGAAAUAUUUUUCUCUACUGACCAUAAACGGCUUGACAAACUGGAGUCUGUGUGAAUAUGCAUAUACGUACUUGAUGACAACACCACUUUACGCUUAUGGACUACUGUGUCUUUGUGUGUGUGUGUGUGUGUGAGAGCGCUCACAGCUGGCUCCCAGUACAAUAGUCAGAACCAAGAUGGCUGCUGCGGUCAGAACAGGAAACAAGCAGCGCCUGAGCAUGGAUGCACCUGAGCGAGGGACACGGGGGGGGUCUGACAUAGACCACAUGUGAGUUUUCAUCUCCUCACACACACACACACACACCUUUGGUACCUUUGGUCCAGAAGGAUCUGCUGUCCUCUUCUACAUCAUCAUGGUAUUCAGUUGUCAUGGUAAUUGGCUUCUUUUCUUCGCUGUGCUCGUCUUGGUCGUGACAAAAAGGAGCACUGACGGCAAACGUUAACACAAGCUGAAGGUGACUGACCGCCGCACGAACUUUGAACCGACCAAUAGACUGUGUGUGUGUGUGUGUGUGUGUGUGUGCGUCUGCUAAAGUUCAUGCAUUUAUUUUUCUACACACACUCUUUAUUUACACAACUUUGCCAACAGGUUGACACUCAUGUGAGAGGUCACCCUUCAGUGAGGUCAUCAUUAAAGUGCAGGAGGAUGGCGGGGGUGAAGAGGUCGCAGUCGAGGCGUAGCAGCUGUAGCUUGACAUCAUCGUCCGGGACGUUAUUCUCGCUUAGUGUCUUAUUCAUGUCCAGACUCAGUCCGUUGUGUUUCCAUGUGUAGCUACAUGCGUGCGAGUUGUAGGGGAGGUAACGCUCCCGGAUUUCAGCCAACGUCUCCUCAGAACACACCUGAGCCAGGGAGGGAGAUGUUAGCCUCUUAGCAUUUUGACUGACAGGUCACCAAGUUUAGUAUAAAUCCAAAGAACGUGGGACGGAUGCGAUGCUUGAUAUUGAAUUCACCUCCAGUCUCUGCUCCUGUGAUGUCAGCGUGUUGAUGACUCGUAUCCACCUGGUUUUAGAUGACAACCGGCCCACCUCGUAGCGCUGGUCCUUCCACCAGGAUGGAUCAAUGUCACUGGCCCAGUCAGAGCGAGGCACGGCAGGGGGAAUGUGCACGAAUCGUCCUCUGGGAGUAUAGUAGCUCACACAGUUGGUCAGUGGAUGGAUGAAGGUCAACACCUGCAACACAGAGAUGGUCAGGUGAGCUUGGUCUGAUUGGUCCGAUUGGUCGCAGUGGAUACGGGUACUCACGUCUUUGGUCUCGGGGUCAAACCAGCUGCUUAUGUCCUUUCCUGCAAACUCCAAGAUGGGCAGUAGCAGAACAUCACCUAUGAAUGAUCAUCAUUCAUAUGAGAAUCAAAAUGUUUGUCUGAAGAAGGACAAGCGUCAAUCUCUCUCACCCUCGUAUUGCUUCAUCAGGGGGGUCAAGUCACACACUUUGCCCAGGAAGGACACCCACAGGUCUGCUGAUGUGUUGUGAGCCGCCACUUGAGCAGGAGUGAAAAAGCGUGGCCUGACUGACGUCAUCACUUCGGAUUGUCGAAAAAAAAAAAUACUUGCGCUUAGAUUUUGUAAUGGUCUUGUUGUUAGGUUACCUUGACAACAAUGGGCGGGGUUCGAUGCCGACGUUUGCCCUUUGAUAUCACAGUAAGCCGUAUUCGAUGACGGCACAUUCAAAUGUCACGUUUUUGUCAACAUGACAAGAGUCUUUUGACUUCACCGAAUAUAUUUUAAGUAUUCUAAUGACGUCUUUCUGUAUCAAAAUAAUGUAUUAUGUAGAGAAAGAUAGGGAAAC